CUCGAUCUGUUCUCCCCGACGCUACCACACACUCUCUCUCCUCGGCCUCGAUCUCGAUCUCGAUCUCGGUUUCUACUCUCUGAGCAAUGGUGGUGUUCACGGUGACGCGAAGGGAGACCGUCCCUUUCGAGGGCCAGAAGCCCGGGACCUCCGGCCUCAGGAAGAAGGUGACAGUUUUUAAGCAGCCUAAUUACCUGCACAACUUUGUUCAGUCAACAUUUAAUGCCCUUCCUACGGACAAAGUGAAAGGGGCUACACUUGUCGUUUCUGGAGAUGGACGCUAUUUCUCAAAGGAUGCUGUUCAGAUUAUUAUUAAGAUGGCUGCUGCUAAUGGAGUAAGACGUGUUUGGGUUGGACAAAAUUCUCUACUUUCAACACCAGCAGUUUCUGCUGUCAUAAGGGAAAGAGUUGGUGCAGAUGGAUCAAAAGCAACUGGAGCUUUUAUCUUGACAGCAAGUCACAAUCCAGGAGGUCCACAUGAGGAUUUUGGAAUAAAGUAUAACAUGGAAAAUGGUGGACCUGCUCCUGAGGCUAUUACUGAUAAGAUAUAUGCCAAUACAAAAACACUAAAGGAAUACUUCAUUGCAGAAAAUCUUCCUGACAUUGAUAUUUCUGUUUUAAGUGUAAGCACAUUCUCCGGGCCUGAAGGACCUUUUGACGUGGAUGUCUUUGAUUCAACCACUGACUAUGUGAAGCUUAUGAAGUCAAUUUUUGACUUUGGAUCCAUCCAAAAGCUGCUUUCAUGCCCAAAGUUCACAUUCUGCUAUGAUGCACUUCAUGGUGUUGCUGGAAUUUAUGCAAAGCAUAUUUUUGUUGAGGAACUUGGUGCAAAUGAAUCUUCGCUAUUAAAUUGCACGCCUAAGGAAGACUUUGGAGGUGGUCAUCCAGAUCCUAAUCUGACCUAUGCAAAAGAAUUGGUUGCAAGAAUGGGAUUGGGUAAAUCAAGCUCACAAUUUGAACCACCUGAGUUUGGUGCUGCCGCUGAUGGGGAUGCAGAUCGCAACAUGGUCCUUGGUAAAAGGUUCUUUGUAACACCAUCAGAUUCUGUUGCUAUAAUUGCUGCCAAUGCUGUUGAAGCCAUUCCAUAUUUUGCCUCUGGUUUGAAAGGGGUUGCCAGGAGUAUGCCAACUUCAGCUGCCCUUGAUGUUGUGGCGAAGAACUUGGGUCUUAAAUUUUUUGAGGUGCCGACUGGUUGGAAAUUUUUUGGAAACUUGAUGGAUGCUGGACUUUGUUCAAUUUGUGGUGAAGAAAGCUUUGGGACAGGCUCAGAUCAUAUUCGUGAAAAGGAUGGAAUCUGGGCAGUUUUAGCUUGGCUUUCAAUUCUUGCCUUUAAGAACAAGGACAAGCUUAAUGAGGAUAAGUUGGUUACAGUUGAAGAUAUAGUUCGUAAACAUUGGGCCACUUAUGGUCGCCACUAUUAUACUCGCUACGAUUAUGAGAAUGUUGAUGCUGGUGCUGCUAAGGAGCUAAUGGCACAUUUGGUGAAUCUUCAAUCGUCCCUUUCCGAAGUUAACAGGAUUAUAAAGGAGAUAAGAUCAGAUGUCUCGGAUGUUGUCCAAGCCGAUGAAUUUGAAUACAAGGAUCCUGUUGAUGGCUCUGUUUCUAAGCAUCAAGGCAUUCGGUACCUCUUUGUGGAUGGAUCACGACUUGUUUUCCGGUUAUCUGGGACUGGUUCUGAAGGUGCUACUAUCAGAGUCUACAUUGAGCAGUACGAGAACGAUGCAACAAAGACCGGGAGGGAUUCACAAGAAGCACUUGGUCCUCUGGUCGAAGUGGCGAUAAAGCUCUCAAAGAUGAAAGAAUUCACCGGACGAUCUGCUCCUACUGUUAUAACAUAAAAUCAAAUUGAUGAGUACUUUUGAGUUGGACAUCGAUUUCCCCUCUUUUUAUCAACUAAUUUUGUACCUAGCGCCACGUGACACGGCGCGCUACAUGUUUUUGAAAUAAUUUGUGUUAGUACCACUCAAAAUUAAACCCCGGUUCUGGUUGGAGAUUAUAUUAAAUAAUACAAAGUUUACGAUGA